AUGUCUGCUAGCAUCAAUAUCACCGACACCAUAAAAUGGACGUUUUCCAAUACGUUUCCGUUACCGUAUAGAGCAUUGAUGGUUUUGGUGAUUGGCAUAUGGAGUUGGGGACUUAAUUUACACAUUCUUUCAUUAUAUUCAAUAGAUGCUUCAGCAGUAUUAGUGAUAUUUUCAGGAUUUGGUUCAGAAGUUUAUUUUUCAGAUGUUAUAAUGGCAGAUAUUUUAACAAGUUUUGCCAAGGUUUUAGGAGAUUUAUAUGUUACCGGAUGUAUUUUAUUAUUUUACGAUAUUGAGCAAAGUGGAGCUUCUGGUAAUCGAUGUUACAGUUAUAUAGUUGCUCCUAUGUUAACUAGACAAUGCUUAACAGAAUAUAUUGGAUCAGAUUUUAAUAAUAAACAUCAUUUAUUUAAUGCAAUUAAAUAUUGUUCAGCAUUUCCAGUAAUAAUAUUUUCAGCUUUACAAAAAUUGUAUAAAUAUGAAGCACUAACUGAAUCAUCAAUAAUAUGGCUUCCUCCGCCAGUGUUACUUAAAUUAUGGGUAUUAUCGGUUGCAUUUAAUUCAAUUUAUUCAUUUUAUUGGGAUGUAGCAAAAGAUUGGAAUUUAGAAUUUUUCACACCAACACAUCCAAAAUCAUAUAUACCAAGUUUUAAAUUAAGGCAAAAUUUAAUAUUUAAAGACCCAGGCGGCGUUUUCCUAAUGGAGGUUUUAGAAGUUUUGAGACGUUGUCUAUGGAUAUUUUUCAGAUUUGAAAAUGCAUGGAUUGAAAAAUUUGUAAUAGGGGAAAAAGGAGGAGGGGCAGGAAUUUAUGGACCGUUAAAUUCAGCCGCUAAAACUAGUAUGAUAGAAUUAAAUAGUUUUGACGAAGAUGAUAUUAAUAAUAAAGAGUCAAGAGACGAGGAAAUAUUAGAAUAA